CGCGCACACGCCUCCCCCUCCUCCCUGCCUCCCCCCCCCCCUUCCCCGGUCCCGGCCGCCCUCUUUCCCACCGACACCCCGGCCAUGUCGCAUCCACGAUCGCAACUCCCCGACAGCACCCUCCUUGCCAGCCAGUACAGCGUGAUCAAGCAGAUCGGGCGAGGGGGCUACGGCAUUGUCUACGCCGCCCAUGACAACAGCACCUCGGAGUUUGUGGCCAUCAAAAAGCUCUCGCAUGCGCUGAUUGCCCCGCCCUUCGGCCGCCGGGCCCUGCGCGAGAUCAAGCUGCUCAAGCACCUGAGUGGCCAUCCGAAUAUCAUCAAGCUCCACAAGGUCCUCCUGUCCGCCUCGCCCGGCGUCGGGCCCUCAAUCGACAGUGAGAUUUUCCUCGUGCAGAACUACAUGCCCAGCGACCUGGCCCGGGUGAUCGCCUCGCCGCAGGAUCUGUCCGACGAGCAUAUCCAGUACUUCAUGAUUCAGCUCCUGCGCGGGGUGGCCUACAUGCACCGCAUGGGCAUCAUCCAUCGCGACCUGAAGCCCGGCAACAUCCUGGUCAACUCGCAGUGUGACCUGAUGAUCUGUGACUUUGGCCUCUCGCGCGGUCUGUCGCUGGCCAGUGACCCGGACUAUCUGACCGAGUAUGUGGCCACCCGGUGGUAUCGGGCGCCGGAAAUCAUGCUCGGCAGCUCCGGCUACACGGAGGCCAUCGACAUGUGGUCCGUCGGCUGUAUCCUCGGCGAGCUUCUCCUGCGCAAGCCCCUCUUCCCUGGGGAAAAUUACCUCCACCAGGUGAAGCUCAUCCUGGCCACCCUCGGCACGCCAUCGAGCGAAUAUCUCCAGGCCACUGCCACCACCAUUUCUAAGGACAUCAUCGAGAAGCUGCCCACCGUCAACCCCGUGUCCUUUCAUGCCCUCUUCCCCAUGGCAACGCCCGAUGCUCUUCACCUGCUGGAGAAUCUGCUCUGCUGGUCGGCCAGCGCACGCCUGACCGCCCAGCAGGCCCUCUAUUCGGGCUACAUGUCGCGCUUUUUCUACCCCGUCACCGACACCGCGGAGGCCAUCCAAAAGGCCGUCGACGAGUCCGGGUCGCGCAUCGAUUACAGCUUCGAGCAGCAGGCCGAGGACGACAAGCGCCUCCCGUCCAUGAUCAUCGCCGAGUGUGCGCUGGUUUACCCGAGCGCGCCGGCCCCCGGUGCCGGUGCCCCGGCGGGCUACCACCCCCCCGGGCCGAUGCAGCAGCGUGCCCCCCACCAGCCGGCGCCCCAGUACCAGCAGGCCGCCUCGCAGCAGCAACAGCAGCAGCAGCAGCAGCAGCAGCAGCCCCACCACCACCAGCAGUCCUACUCGGCUCCCCAGCAGCAGGCGUACCCGGUGCAGCACGCCCAACGGCAGCCCACGCAGCAACAGCAGCAGCAGCAGCAGCCCCACCAUUACCAACCGCACCAUGCCCAGGGGCCACCCCUGCAGUAG